GGGACUUUUUGGUAGAGCAGCGGCUGCUGAUGCUAACAGGAGCAAGGUGGCAGCUGCUGGGCAUAAAAGUGAUGGAGCUGAGGGGCUGCUGGCUUGACCAUGAAGUCGAGCGGGGGUGCUGCAUCCGAUCUGGAGGAGCUGGAGAGUGGCAGCAGCGAGAGCAGCUCGGGCCGCUCCCUGCCCGGCACUGGGGCCCAAAGCAAAUGCAAACGCAAGAGCCCUCGGUCGAGUGGUCGCAACAAGCAGAGGCAGGCAGCCAAUGCUCGGGAAAGGGACCGAACGCACAGCGUCAACUCCGCUUUCAGCGCCCUCCGCACACUCAUCCCGACCGAGCCUGCAGACCGUAAGCUGUCUAAGAUCGAGACCCUGCGCCUGGCCUCCAGCUACAUCUCUCACCUGGCGAAUAUGCUGCUCCUACAGCAGCAGCAGCAGCAGCAGUCACCUGGUGGGAACUUAGCUGAGGAGACCUUGCUUGUGAGGCAGCCCUGCCUGCAGUAUCAGCCUCUCCUGCAAGGCAACCCUGCCACGGGGAGCCCAAGAUCCAUCUGCACCUUCUGUCUGAGCAACCAGAGGAAACUGCACAGAGAACGGGACAAACACCUGUCACUCUAAAAAAUUAUAUGAAUGUUGAUUCAGAUGAGCUGCUUGUGUAAAUGCUGGACCGGAUACAGAACAGCUCUAGCAGACCAGUUCCAAGGGCUUUUUUUGCAAAUGAAAUUGAACACGGUGAGGAAAGUUGCACCUGGUGCGGCAGCUAUUUUUGUUCAAGAAAUGCUAACCCUAAGCAGCCAAGCUGUGAUACUGAUGCCUCCCAAACUGAUGUCACAUGAUGGAACUUGAGCUUCCCAACAUCCAGCAUCUCCUUAUCGUGGAGAUGUCAGCGCAUCAGAACUCCUAACCAUAACUGAACACACCAAGGAAUGGCAUGUUUCUCUUUUUUCAAAGGCUCCCUGGCUCCUGCCAGCAAACCCAAAGGUUUCCACUGAGAUGGAAGGUCAGAUUGUAGCUGAUGUAACUCCCAACUAGAUAUUGCUCCCUUCUACACAAGUCUCAGGCCCCAAUCAACACUUUUAGACAUGAUGUUCUUCAAAAUUCUCCAGGAGCCAUUCAUUCUCCUUUCUCAUUGUGCUUCUGCUAUUCCGAAGUUCCUUGGAGACAAAUACCAACUAAAGAAGAUGGGGGAAAUGGCCCAUUCCUGCAUCAACAUCUGAGUGAUUACAUCAAGGUUUUUGAUGGAGCAAGACUGGGCCUGUGUUUAGUCCAAUCCAAACUUUUGUUUUAAAACACUGCUGUGGCACAUAUAAAGGCAACAGUGGGCGAGGGUGAGAACUUAUUUGGCAUUGUGCUACAUGACUGACUGGAAACAAGAAAGUGAGAGAGUCCAUGGGCUUCCUAUUUGUAGAGCUAAUGUAAAAGUAGACUCUUCAUUACCUACACAGGAAGAAAAGCCAUUUAAAGCAAAAUCUUUUCUGCAGAAAUGCGAGGAGCAAAUGGAAAGUGCAAAUGUCACAGAUGGCAAUUAGUCCUGGUUUAGUAAAACUCCCAUAAGCAUCCAUAUUCGAUGUGAACACAUAGUUUUGCUAUAGUUUGAUCAUUUCUGCUACCACAUUAAGCUUUAUGAUCCUAGAAUGAAGGAGGCAACUUAUAACUCUAUAAAAAUGCACAGGGAGAGAAUUACACUCUGGAACCAGUCUUGGAGGAAGGACAGCUACUGAAAAAAACAUGCCUUCCACUCCUAAACCUCUGCCAAUUCAGGAGGAUGCAGUGACUAAGUGUAUUGAAGGCCACUGAAAAAUCAAGUAGGGUCAGGAUGGACGCCUAUUCUAAGGCCAACACAGGCCUAUUCUAAGGCCAAUUCUAAGCCAACACAAGUGUAAUCAGUGCUGCCUCAAUGCUACAAAUGGAAUGUGACUGAAAGAAAUCCAGAUUCCUCAAGGGUCCUUUGGAACUGCUAGUCUAUCACUUUCUCAACAAGCUUUCCUAAAAAGAGAAGAUUGGAGACUGGGAGAAAAGCAUCCAGUACUUUUGAAUCUAGUACUAAUUUCUUGAAGAAAGGGUGAACCAUCACUUCCUCCAGAGCAAGCAUAAAUAUUCUGUUCUUCAAAGAAGCAUUCACCAUGACUUGAAUAUCAGCUCCUGUCUAAAUCUAAAACAGAGUAGCAGAACAUAAAGCCCCAUGGAUCCUGUCCACUUUCUUAAUGCAAUAAAAUAAAUUUGGUAUUUUUGUUAUUGAUUAGCAUUUAUUAAAAGUUAUAUAAAAAGUGAUUGAACUCAAAUUGUCUUCACAAUGCUACUAAUAUUAAUUUGUUUAUUAUAUAUAG